UCAAGAAGGUGGACCUCGAAGCCGGUGCGGUGAUCGACGGCGCGGACCCGAAGGAGGCGCCGGUGACCGUGAAGAACGGCGACUUCGUCAUGCUGACUCACGCCGAGACAGGCCGUUCCCUCCGCUCCCACGGCCACCGCGCCCCCAUCACCAAGAGGCAGUUCCAAGUCUGCGGAUAUGGCGACGACGGAGCUGGUGGUCCCUUUGAAACGUGGGAACUGGUGAUCCCGGGCGAGGCAAAGGGGGCAAACCUCACCAUUAUCAACCAGGACUUCAUGCUCAGGCACUGGAAGAUGAACUGCUACCUCAAAGCCAACGAGAUGGUGAAACUACCCAAGGAGUGGGCCUUCCCUGGUGCGAAGGAAGUGACGUGCUCCAAGAACCCGAGCCAGCCUGGCACCCUCUGGCACAUCAACUGGAACAACAGCCCAAAAUUCGCCAAGACCGUCCGCGCGAGAGACCGGUCGGCGAACCUCUGGGAGAAGAUUUACCAGCAGCACCUCAACAUGUUCGUCGGGAAUGCUGUCCUCACGCCCCCAGAUGACAUGGAGAGAGUGUCGCGCCCUUGGAUGUGGCCGGUCCUGUAUCAGAUGCAGACCAUGGCGUCCUAUGUGGUGAACAACGCGACCAAAGAGGAGGUGUAUGCGAUCGGAAUGACCAACCCUCUGGUGACCUACCUUAACCUCGCCUGCCUCGUGGGUCUGCUGGUCCUCGCUCUCCUGCACAGCUACAGAGGGAGGCGCUGGAAGGGGGGUUCGGAUCUUGGUGAAGAGAGCCGUGCCGACGUCCUCAACUCGAGCUGGUGGGUAGUGCUGUGUUGGGCGUUCCAUUACCUCCCCUUUUUCUUCAUGAGUCGAGUCCUCUAUUAUCACCAUUACUGCCCUUCUUACAUCUUCUCCUGCAUGAUCACAGGAAUCUUCAUCUCCUGGGCUUGCGAGACAGUGUCCUCCUGGAGCUCGGAGACGCGGCGCCAGGCCAUCCUGGUAGGGCUCCUGACGGCGGUCGUGGCCCUCCUGUUCACCUCCUACGCCGUGUUCUUCCCCCUGGCCACCUACCUGACGGGGACGGUGUUCGAGGCCAGCCCCAGGAUGAACCCCUACCUCGACUACUUCUACUUCGGGCAGAUGUGGCCUGAGUUCGGAUACAGGAAGAGCGAGUUCAUGGCCGUCACCACAACCAAGGUUGAACUCUGGAAAGACGACAUCCUCGACAACCCGCACCUCAACGCCACUCUGUACUACUCCACUCUGCUGAACACGACCGCCACCGCGCCCACGCUAAACCCAGUCCGGGCUUCGAACUACACCCUUUGGAAUUCCACUGAAGCUAGUCUCGUGGGAGUGCCUUAUCUCAACAUUACGGACGGGAAGGAAAUCGAAUCUAUUGAGAGUGUUUUGGGAGGGACGAUUUUAUUCGAUGCGGAAACUAAAGCCACAAGUGAGACGAACGCAGGCGGAACCACGAGGAGCGAAGCCGAAUCCGGAGUCGAGAAAGGGGAUGCGGAUGAUGGAGAAGGAUAGGAGGAUAACGGAUGCAGACGAAUUAUUUAGAUGAUAAUAAUUAAAGUUAUUAUGACAGAUGGAAAUUUAAUUUUCGUCAGUAUUUAUAUACUAAUAUUUUUUUCUCAUUAGCACUUUACCUUUUGCUGGACUUUGCAUAUUGUUACAUGAUUUGCAAUAAAUUUACGU